AUGGAAACUAUUGCUUCUCAAUCAAUUUUAGCAAAUAUCACAUGCAAAAAUACACAGUUUGAUAAAGAUGAUAUAAAUGUGUUAGACAAUUUGCGGAUUUUGUGCCGUGAACUUGAUUCAUUAWCAUACGUAUGGACUACGAAGAAUAAAACUGAAGGUGUUAAAAUAAUUGCAGAAUUAAUACCUUUCGAUACAAUGGACAUGCCUAUGAUAUCAGAGACAAUUUCAUCAAACAUACGAUUCAAUAAUCUAAAGCCGAACACCAUGUACGCUGCUAAGUUCCGCAAGUUGAUCAACGGCACCACGUAUCACACAGCAGAUAUUCAGGUCCACCAGACAUUGGACGUUGGGAAAAAUAAAGGAUUGUUUUUGUGA